AAAUGAGGUUAAGGGACUAUCCUCAUUUGAGGCGCGUGACUAUUAGGUCGCAAGUUGGUGGAGUUCACGGCGGUAGCAAAGCUCGAAGCCCUGACCUCCGCCUCACCCAAGCUCUAAAGCUUGGGGGCCAACCAAUUAGGCCACAGGCCCGGUUGGCAUUUAUUGAUUUUUGUUUUACGGUGAACUUUUUGCUUUCCCUCCUUUUCUAUUCACAUAUAUGCAUCGUUUUAAUUAAAUUAUGAAUGCGGGUUAAUCAUUACUUCCAUGAGCCUUUGCUUUUUGAUUUUUCAUGCUAAUCUGGUCCCAGUCUUUUUUAAUUUCACGGGUGCAUUGGGGCUUUAACUUUAGAAGGCUAAAAAAUAUUUGCUGUACCUUUUCCUUUUUGCGCAAAUUUCCUCUUGUUUCUGUCUGUUUGAUUGAUAAUGUGUUUUUUCUUACGUUAAUUUUCUUGUAGGCAAGGAGGGCGCUGAGGGCAUUGAAGGCAUUGGUGAAGCUUCAAGCACUAGUGAGAGGCCACAUUGUGAGAAAGCAAACUGCCGACAUGCUUAGGCGUAUGCAAACGUUGGUUAGAGUGCAAGCCAGGGCACGUGCUAGUCGUGUUUAUGUGACUGAGUCGUUCAAUUCUAGUAGCAAGUGGAGCCAGUCUCGGAAUAGUGUCCCUCCUAGCCCUGACAAAGACAAAUCCCAUCUUCGUACUCAUAGUACCAAAUUUGACGGGCCCUCAAUCCUUAAGGUAGGUGUUAUUUGAUUGGUGUGCUGAAUGUUAUCAACAAUUUUCUUUGCAUUUAUUUAUGAACAUUACCUUUUGAUCUUGACAUAUUUGAAUUGCUUUGUAAGAAAAAUAUGUGAUGAUGUUUCUUGUAAAACUAAUGAUAUCAAUCAAGGAAUGACUUUAAUUUGUUGCUUCUUCCAACAUGUUGAGCAUUGAUUUAAUUUAGGAAUUUCCAGAUGCUAGGGAUAGCUGCAAAUAUGAUUUUGGAAAUCAUGAAGUGGUGAAAAAGUUUGGUCUCCAUUCAUUUGUAAAUUAUUCUUAUUGAUUAUGUGCACCAAGUGCUUAAACUGCAUUUUUUUGCUAUUUCAAUGCAUGCAGAGAUGUGGUUCUAAUUCAAAUUUAAGGGACAUCAUUGACCUAGAGAGAGCACGGAUAGGCUCGAAUCGGUUAGAUUGUUGGAUUGAGGAAAAUUCUCGGAACAACCAUGGAAAUGUUUCAAUUCGACAUGGUCAUGGUGACGAUGAGAAGACUGACAAGAUCCUUGAGGUAGAUACUUGGAAGCCUCGCUUGAAUUCCCAACAAAGCAGUAGAACCUUCAGAACAUAUCAGCAUGGUUUGUCUGCAGAUUAUAACAAUUACAGUUUCAUGACAUUUGACUCCCCAAGAAAAUGUCCUACAAAAGCUUCAAGUCCCAUCCCAAGUUUCUCUUCCGGGGAUGUUUUGUCAUUCAGGUCUAUGAAAUACCCAGGAGGAAAAGAUGAAGCUGUUCUAAUGAAUGCAGCCAGUAGUCCACAGGUACUAUCUGCAUCAUCAAGACAUGGAAAUAGUGCACGGAGAAGUCCUUUCACACCUACAAGGAGUGAGUGUUCUUGGGGUUACUUUGGAAGUUACACUGGUCAUCCCAAUUACAUGGCUAACACAGAAUCAUCCCGGGCCAAGUAUAGGUCUCAAAGUGCCCCAAGGCAGAGGCUUGAGUUCGACAAGUAUGGUUCAACAAGAAGAAGCAUUCAGGGUCCAUGGGAUGCCGGGGACACCAUAAAUCCCGAAGGUGAUUUUGCUCAACCUGUUGACUUUAGGCACCGGACUAAUCAACUUGUAUCUGGUCGCGUGUACAGGCCUGGAAAUGCCAGCCAAGUUUGAUGAUGCUUCCUUUUCUCUCUUGCCACUGUUUAUUUUUCAUGUGUGGCCUACUGGCGGCCAUGCCAGAGUUGUAAUUGUUUCUCCAUGAUUUUACAAAACUAUGUUACUUUUCCACAACCAUCUUAACAUCAUUAAUGAAUCAGUUGGGUGCCU